AUGGCCCAAAUUAAUCAACAAAAGACUGAUAUUGAAGUUCUUCGAAACUCUGUCGGUAUGUAUGAUACAUAUGUAAUCCCUGCUUCACCUUUACUCCUGGGUUAUACGGCGAGACGAUCUCAUGGUUCAAAGCAGACAGAUAGAGUAGGUCGCAACAGAAAUGUGAAGCAUGGAAAUGAUCAAAGAUCUGAUAGAAAAGAUGAGAUGUUUCGAUGUUGA